CAUUUUUGUCUUCAAAAUAAAAUAGUCGUUAUUACUGAAUGAGCCCUUAUAGAACAGUACACCGGGCGUUUGUCGCGCGUCAGCUGUAUUUUGAAAGGAACGGCCGGAAGUUCCGUUUCUCUGUCGCGCUAGCUUGGCGCACUCGCGAGCCGCGUCGGGGGGCAGACUGUCACGAAGCGACCAUGAGCGCUUGCCAUUCUUGACAUUUCAGGUACAACUAGUGCUCCCACGCUAAACUUGCAGGAUGCUCUGCGAGUCGUACCCCUUCGUGGAGGACAGUGUCAGCCGCUUCCCGUCGCAGAGCAACAUCUACGGGCUGUGUCAGGCCGGGGAGCAGGAGCUGUUGGCGGCCACUCUCAAGGGGAAGGUGGUGUGUUUCAGGUACCAGGAGCUGCAGCAGAAAAUCCGACCCGUGGCCAAGGAAGUUCAGUUCACCUACAUACCAGUUGACGCAGAAAUUGUAUCAAUUGAUGCCUUCAACAAGUCUCCACCCAACAGAGGCCUGGUGGUGGGCAUCACAUUUAUAAAGGACUCUGGUGACAAAGCCACUCCAUUCCUGAAUAUCUACUGUGACUAUGAGCCCGGCUCAGAGUUCAACCUGGAGUCUAUUGCGCAAAGUUGUCUGAAUCUGGAGCUGCAGUUCACGCCCUUCCAACUGUACCACACAGAAGUGCAGUGUGAUGAUGGUGGCAGUGAGACGGUGUUUCUGCUCAGCGGCCACGACCAGAGGAUCCACCUGUACAAGGAGAAUGCCUCCCUCCACCAGUUUGAAGAACAGCCAGUGGAGAGACUCUUCCCUGAACUACAACAACUGCCCAGCAAUGUGCUAUGGUUGGAUAUGUUGAGUUUAGCUGGCAGCCGGCGAAUCUCAGCAUUCGGCUGCCAGAACGGCUGUGUUGGACUGGCUCUGGUAAACCAGACUGGGCCAGAGGUUUUGCAGAGCUGGCGGGUCCAGUUCGACAGUCCAAUCUCUACCGUGCUGCUAUUCCCUCUUAGCUGUCAAACCGAGCCCAACCAGACCAGCGGAGAGACAAGUGUGGAAAUGGAAGGCUACAACCUUCUGGUAACCAGUACCAUUGAGAUGGCAGUUGUCUACAGAGAUGUCCAGGAGUUUGGUUUGUCUCGCUCUAUGUGCCUCUCGGAAAGUGACCAGUGGGACGCAGUGCUUUGUGCUCUAGUCAUUGACCUGGAUUUUGACGGGCAGAAGGAGGUGCUGUUGGGAACAUAUGGACAGGAACUUCUAUGUUACAAAUUCCGUCCAGAAGGGAGAGGACAGUUUCAGCUGCAGUGGAGACGGAGCUUCAAGAGUCCUUUGCUGUCCAUCAUCUACUUAGACUUGACUGGGGAUGGUUUGAGAGAGCUGGCUGUCCUCACACUAAAGGGACUGCACAUCUUACAGCAUAGUCUUACCAGCACUGCUGAUUUGGUCCUGGAGCGGCUUACCCAGAGGGUGUCAGCACUGACAGCUGGCUCUGGGCUGGAGUCAGCAAAAGGUCAAGACACUGAGGAGAAAGAUGUUCCAGCUAAGACAGAAGAUUAUACAGCUCACGCAACAUCACAUUAAGCAAAACAGUUCAUUUUGUUUGCAUGUGAAAGUCUCAAUGCUUCAGACUGAAGUAUUUCCCUUAUUUGAAAGUGCAGUGUUUUCUCAGGGGUGUGUAUUCCCGAAGAGUUAAAUUUAGUUGUGAUGACAGGCACUAGGUGGAUAUCACAUUCACCAUUCAAAACAGAAACACUCUGCUUUGUGGUUUUAUCCUGAAUGUAGGUGAUAGUAAAAAAGGGAAGGGUUCAUAUUAAACCAGACUAGGCCUUGAGGUGAAGUGCUGUAACUAAUGUACAGUAGUAUGCAGAUAAUUAAAGUGGGUCUGACUUAAA